AACCAAACCGUGUAGUAUCAAUUGAAUCCAAGUGAAGUAAAGAACGGUUUCGGGAAAAAGAAAUAUUACUGUUCGAAGUAAAAGUUUUUUUUUCGUUCAUAAGUGAAAGCGACGUGCUUGGAAACGUAGAAGAAGAGGAUAUUUUCCAUUCAAAUAUUCGUUGUCCUGGAAGACGACCACUAUUUUCGUGAUAGAGGAUUAUAAAAAAUUGCCGAGCAAAUAGCUCUCCCACCGCCAUGAAGCUGCUAGUACCGUUGGCCCUGGUGGCCGCGCUGGCCGUACUAUCGUACGCUGCCGAGGACAAGAAGGAGCAAGACUACGGAACCGUCGUCGGUAUCGAUUUGGGUACCACGUACUCGUGCGUUGGUGUUUACAAGAAUGGUCGCGUUGAAAUCAUUGCCAACGAUCAGGGUAACCGUAUCACCCCCUCGUACGUGGCUUUCACCGCCGAUGGCGAGCGGUUGAUCGGUGAUGCCGCGAAGAACCAGCUGACCACCAAUCCGGAAAAUACCGUGUUCGACGCCAAGCGAUUGAUUGGUCGCGAAUUUACCGACACAACCGUACAGCACGACAUCAAGCUGCUUCCGUUCAAGGUGGUCGAGAAGAACUCCAAACCGCACAUCAGGGUUUCGACCAGCCAGGGAGACAAAGUGUUUGCUCCAGAGGAAAUUUCCGCCAUGGUUCUGGGCAAGAUGAAGGAAACCGCCGAAGCUUACCUGGGUAAGAAGGUGACUCACGCUGUCGUUACUGUGCCUGCUUACUUCAACGAUGCUCAGCGCCAAGCCACCAAGGAUGCUGGUGUCAUUGCCGGUUUGAAUGUGAUGCGUAUCAUCAACGAGCCUACGGCUGCCGCUAUUGCAUACGGUCUGGAUAAGAAGGACGGUGAAAAGAACGUGUUGGUGUUCGAUUUGGGUGGCGGUACCUUCGAUGUAUCAUUGCUAACCAUCGAUAAUGGUGUGUUCGAGGUCGUUGCUACUAACGGAGAUACCCACUUGGGAGGUGAAGAUUUCGAUCAGCGUGUGAUGGAUCAUUUCAUCAAAUUGUACAAGAAAAAGAAGGGCAAAGAUAUCCGCAAGGACGUUCGUGCUGUGCAGAAACUGCGUCGUGAGGUAGAGAAGGCUAAGCGAGCUCUGUCUUCCAGCCACCAGGUGCGCAUCGAAAUCGAAUCGUUCUUCGAGGGUGAUGACUUCAGCGAGACCCUAACCCGUGCCAAGUUCGAGGAACUGAACAUGGAUCUUUUCCGCUCCACCAUGAAACCAGUACAGAAAGUCUUGGAAGAUGCCGACAUGAACAAAAAGGACGUCGAUGAGAUUGUUUUGGUUGGUGGUUCUACGCGUAUCCCGAAGGUGCAACAGUUGGUAAAGGAAUUCUUCAACGGAAAGGAACCAUCCCGUGGUAUCAACCCUGACGAAGCUGUCGCUUAUGGAGCGGCUGUUCAAGCCGGAGUGUUGUCCGGUGAACAAGACACGGAAGCGAUCGUUUUGCUUGAUGUCAACCCGUUGACUAUGGGUAUUGAAACCGUCGGAGGUGUCAUGACCAAACUGAUUCCGCGAAAUACCGUCAUUCCAACGAAAAAAUCGCAAAUCUUCUCCACUGCUUCCGACAAUCAGCACACCGUAACCAUCCAGGUGUACGAAGGUGAACGUCCAAUGACCAAGGAUAAUCACUUGCUCGGCAAAUUUGAUCUGACCGGAAUUCCACCAGCUCCACGAGGUAUCCCUCAGAUCGAAGUUAGCUUCGAAAUUGACGCCAACGGUAUCCUGCAGGUGUCCGCCGAGGAUAAGGGAACUGGUAACCGCGAAAAGAUUGUCAUCACCAACGACCAAAACCGUCUGACGCCGGAAGACAUCGACCGUAUGAUCAAGGAUGCUGAACGAUUUGCCGACGACGAUAAGAAACUGAAGGAACGCGUCGAAGCUCGCAACGAGCUGGAAAGCUACGCUUACAGCCUGAAGAACCAGCUCGGAGAUAAGGAUAAACUCGGCGCUAAGGUUGCGGAUGAUGAUAAGAGCAAAAUGGAGGAAGCCAUCGACGAAAAGAUUAAGUGGCUCGAUGAGAAUCAGGAUGCCGACUCGGAGGAAUACAAAAAGCAGAAGAAGGAACUGGAAGAUGUUGUUCAACCGAUCAUUGCCAAACUGUACGCCAGCAGUGGUGGUGCUCCGCCACCAGCCGGUGGAGAGGACGAUGAUCUCAAGGACGAACUGUGAGCUACUGUUAAGUAGAGAGUAGAGCGUAGUUUCGUUGUCCAUCGUACUAGUGAUUAGACCUUCCAUCGCUCGGUCGAACCAGAAUAGUUAGGGAAAGCCGAGAGCGCCCAACACGGGCAACACGUUCAUUACUAGAGCAUAACAAAGCGGAAUAAGGAGUACUAGCGCAAGAAUUUCAAUUGUGUGAGAGGUUGAAAGAAUGUUGAAUGCGCGAGUGAUCGUAAAGUAGGUGCGUUAGAUGUCUCAUCUUAUUUUUCAGAUGGGAAAAGAAUAAACUUAAAGUUUUGAUUUAAUGAACAAAACACACUGUAGUACCGUAUCAUCUUUCGGACUAUUCGUCUAAUUUAUUGUUGUUUGUUUCCUUUUGCGUAAGUAGUCCAAGGAAGACAAAGUUACGCUUUCAUUUGUUUCGAAACAUAAAACCGACUGGUAAUUGCGGUUGGCUGCUAGAGGGAGGAGUUCGUAUAGUUUUCGAUAGGUAUUUUCUUUUCUCAACAACGACUGAUUGUACAUGUAAGAAGGCGUGAUUCGUUUCUAGUAAAAAAAAGGUAAACUCGAGGUUCCACGCGAAGAGCGUGUGUUUGUGAGCAUUUGCAUUAAACUAGACUACAAAACUAGCAUUCAAAUCGUAACAAAGAGGAUGAUAAUUCUGUAUGAGAUGAUAAAAUAAAGUUUUAUAUCUAAAUGAAACUAUA